GGAGGCCCUCGUCAGCCUCCCCGGCACCCACACGCACUGGCCUCACCCACCGUCUCCCCACCCUUGCCAGGCCUUUCCCACCAUUUCAAGUGACGCUUCACCCUGAUUCAUCCUGCUGCCGGAAGAUCCUUCCUUAUCCUCAGGGCCCGGCUGUGAUGUUGCCUCCCCGGGGACUCCUCUGGCUGUGCUGCUCUCAAUCUGGGCAGCCCGCAGAACUCGGAAACCCACAGCCCUCUGGGUAGCAUCUUGGGGGUUUGUUCUGAGUGUAUAUCCCACGGUCUGGACCCAGGAAGGGUGAACCCCUGGCACCUGGCUCCACUCACACUUCCCUUACUGCCACAGGGUCCUGCCGUUUAUAGUCCAGGCUCCCCUCCCCGACCCCUUCACUCUCCAUGGCAGCCAGACUCACUGUGUCUCCAGUGUCCAGCAGAGUGGGACUCAAGGGGGUGGGGCAGAAAAGGUUCCCAGGAGGGACUUAGAGACCUAACAGCAGCAUCUCUCCAGGGCGCUCUGUGAAUUCUCAACUCCUUACCUCGCCACCCCUGUCCCUACUAGACCCAUCCCAAAUCCCACAUUCCUUUCCCACUCUGCUGCUCAGGGCACUGCCCUUCUAUCCAGGAUGCCUACAGUAGCCUCCCCACCCACCCUCCAUAGGUCCCCUGGAGCACACUUGUCCUCGAGAGUCUGUGUCCUUACCCCCUUGCCCUCCCCCCAUAGCCAGUUCCCUGUUCCUCUCACCCCCCAGCUCUUUCUCUGCUUGACUGGCCUCUUGUACCCACAGCUGAAUGUCACUCCUACAGGGGCCUUCUCAGAACGCUUUCCCAUAAUCAAGGGUUUCCUUCAGGGAGCGAAUGACAAGGUGAACAUGUCAUAUUUCCUUGCUAACAGGUUUCUUGUGUGAAUAUCAGAAGGAAAGGGACCUAUGUCUGUCCAAGGUGUCCUCAGGAUCUAAACCCCUGCUGAGUGGAUGAAUGGAGUACGUGUGACUGAGUGUGUCCUUCAAAAAACCACUAAGGUGUGACUCUGAGCCAGUCACUUACCUCUCUGGGCCUCGCCUUCCUCCACCCAGCCCUCACCACCCCAGCUUCAGGGAAUUGGGCAAAUAAUGGCCCCAGAAACUGGGAGGAGUGAGCCACCUCACCUCUAAGCCGGAGCUGCCUCCUCUCCUCCAGUCCAAACUCACCCCAGCUAUGUCCCAGGCUUCCCUCCCUCUCGGCCGCCCACACAGCAGUUCCUCCCAACCCCACCUGCCGGCCCCUCCCAGGUGCCUGCGGUGGAGCAGCCAGCUCCCAGGGCACCUCAGACUCCUUGGCGGCACACCAUGGGGGGUCUAAGGCCCUGGGCCCGGUAUGGACUCCUGGUUGUGGCCCACCUGCUGGCCCUAGGACUUGGGGCUGUGGUGCUCCAGACCCUGGAGGGGCCUCCAGCACUCCGGCUUCAGGCCAAGCUCAGGGCUGAGCUGGCCACUUUCCGGGCGGACUACGGGGCCUGCCUACCACCUGGGGCACUGGAGGAGCUGCUGGGCAAAGCCCUGGCAGCCCAGGCCCAUGGGGUCUCCAGACUGGGCAAUGGCUCAGAGGCCAGAAACUGGGAUCUGCCCUCGGCUCUUCUCUUCACUGCCAGCAUCCUCACCACCACGGGUUAUGGCCACAUGGGCCCGCUGUCGGCAGGUGGAAAGGCCUUUUGUGUGGUCUACGCGGUCCUGGGGCUGCCAGCGUCUCUAGCACUUGUGGCCACAUUGCGCCACUGCCUGCUGCCUCUGUUCAGCCGCCCAGUUGCCUGGGUAGCUGUCCGCUGGCAGCUGGCACCAGCGAGGGCUGCGCUGCUGCAGGCAGCUGGACUGGGCCUGCUAGUGGCUGGUACCUUCGUGCUGCUACCAGCAUUGGUACUGUGGGGUAUGCAGGGUGACUGCAGCCUGCUGGAGGCCGUCUACUUCUGCUUCGGUUCGCUCAGCACCAUUGGCCUGGGGGACCUGCUGCCUGGUCGUGGCCGUGACCUGCAUCCAGUGCUUUACUACCUUGGCCAGAUUGCACUUCUUGGUUACUUGCUCCUGGGGCUCCUGGCCAUGCUGCUGGCCGUGGAGACAUUCUCGGAGCUGCCACAGGUCCGUGCCAUGGUGAAGUUCUUCGGGUCCAGUGGCCCUGUGACCGUUGAGGACCAAGGUGGUAUCCUGGGGCAAGAUGAACUGGCUCUGAGCACUCUGCCCCCCUCAACCACAGCACCAGAACAGGCCCCAGCUUGCUGACAAGUACCAGGUGAUGUUGUUGAACUUCUUUCAGGUGGAGAAGCCUGAGGAGGAAGCCUCUAGCAAUGGGUGCGAGGACUUCAGGGAAUAAUUUGUUAAUAAAAAAUAGAACGGGCAACAACCCCGACUGUGCUUUUGUCUCUUUCCUACGGUGAUGAACAACCCAAACCCCCAUCAUCCUGCGAAAG